GUUAGUCUUUUGUACUUAUCGUAAAGAGAAGCAAGCACCACUGGAUGAGCACGGAAAGCAACGUACUAACAACAAAAAUCAAUACUACAACAAAAUACUUGGAUUAAGAGUCAAACUCUUCAACGGACAAGUGGAAAGAACUUUAAGCAGGGAGUACAACAGAAAAAAAAUGUUUAAAAAAGAAUUUUAAACAAAAAUUUUUUUUCUUCAAAAAAAGAAUACGUGAUUUUCAUUUAAUAAUUAACAUUAAUGUACUAACUUAAGUGUUAAUUAAUACUUGAAAGCAGGAACAAAUAGCACAAUAGAAAAAAGUGGAGCACGGUCAAAUACAUUCAAAAAAAUAAGAAGAUUUAAAAAAAAUCAACCACUAUCAGACUCUUAUUUACAGAAGAAAAGCAUUUUGUUUUAGUAUACCAAAGAUUUGUUAGUGUAAACGCACAAUUCCCAAAGGAUUUAUAAGAAAAAAAUAAAACAAAUUCAUAGACACCUACGAGAAUAUCAAUAACAACAUUAUUAACAACCUAAGCAACUAAUGGGAAAAGAAAGGGACAAGCAAGGAAGUACAUCAAUUUUAGAAAACCUUCUCAGCUCAAUAUUAUUAAAGGAACAGACCAAAAAAAAAGCAGCAAAAAGUAAAACCCACAGCCAAACAAGGGAGCCAAGACAUUGUUCAGCAAUAUGUUGACAUUCAAUACGACGUAUACAACGUCGUUGAAACACCCACAAGCACAAGCACUAACACCAAGAAAGCUUAAACAACAAAAGCAACAGCAAAAAUCUUUAAUAUUUGCAUUAUGCUGCUGCUUCAUUACCCUCAUAGUUGUCUGUACACCAAGUUUAUGUCAAGGUUAUAUUAUUAAAGAAGAUGAAAGUUUCCUACAACGUCCCUACUAUUCAACACAACACGAUUUAGAGGAUACAUUUGCACGCCUUAGCAAACAAUUCCCCGAUAAUGCCCGUGUCGAGACAAUUGGUCGUUCGUUAGAGGGACGUCCUUUGAUUGUCUUGCAAAUAGGUCAAAAUAUGCGUCAACGUGGCCUCUUAACACCCAUGGUUAAGUAUGUGGGUAAUAUGCAUGGUGAUGAGACUAUAGGACGACAGCUGUUAAUCUAUUUGGCACAAUAUUUAUUGUAUAAUUAUCACAGUAAUUUAGAGGUGGCUCAACUUAUAAAUAGCACCGAUAUUUAUCUAAUGCCCACUAUGAAUCCUGAUGGUUUUGAACGUUCUCAGGAAGGCAAUUGUGAAUCUUUACCUCAUUAUAUUGGCCGCACUAAUGCUGCCGGUGUUGAUUUAAAUCGUGAUUUUCCCGAUCGUUUAGAAACCCAACAACAAAUUCAAUUACGCGCUCAAACAAGACAACCCGAAACGGCUGCUCUUAUUGAAUGGAUUUUAAAUAAACCAUUUGUUUUGUCUGCUAAUUUUCAUGGUGGUGCUAUAGUGGCCAGUUAUCCUUAUGAUAAUUCCAUUGCCCAUCAUGAAUGCUGUGAGGAAAGUUUGACACCCGACGAUCGCGUCUUCAAACUCAUGGCUCACACGUACGCCGACAACAAUCUCAUUAUGCGCAAGGGCAACAAUUGCAAUGACACAUUUUCGAAUGGCAUAACAAAUGGUGCUCAUUGGUAUGAGCUAAACGGUGGCAUGCAAGAUUUCAAUUAUGCAUUUAGUAAUUGUUUUGAAUUAACCAUUGAGCUGUCAUGUUGUAAAUAUCCAUCGGCCAAUACAUUGCCAGCCGAAUGGCAACGCAAUAAACGUAGUCUUUUGAAACUUUUAAAAUUGGCUCAUAUCGGUGUUAAAGGUGUUGUUAAAGAUGUCAAUGGUUAUCCGAUAAAUGAUGCAACUAUUGUGGUAUCCGGUUUGGAAGAUAAACCUAUACGUACAACACGUAGAGGAGAAUAUUGGCGUUUACUUACUCCCGGCAUCUAUAAUAUACAAGCAUUGGCAUUCGGUUACCAGGCCAGUGUACCACAACAAAUCCAUAUUAAAAAUGACAACAAUGUGGCUCAACGUUUGGACUUUACCUUGUCACCCAUUGAGACCAACUAUGAUGGUAAUUUCCGUAAAUUAAAAGUUGAACGCGCCGAUACUGCUGAAGAUAUUGAGAAAAAUGGCGGCUUUUUAACGCCCACCAAAUUUGAACAUCACAAUUUUACGGCCAUGGAAAAAUUCCUACGCGAUAUAGCCGAUACAUAUCCGUCCAUAACAAGACUAUAUUCUAUAGGAAAAUCUGUACAAAAUCGAGAUUUAUGGGUAAUGGAAAUAUUCGUUACACCCGGACAACAUGUUCCUAGUGUACCCGAAUUUAAAUAUGUUGCCAAUAUGCAUGGCAAUGAGGUAGUGGGUAAAGAAAUGUUGCUCCUGCUAACAAAAUAUAUCUGUGAACGUUAUAUGUUUGAUGAUCGUAUUACGAAAAUGGUUAAUAAUACACGAAUGCACUUUUUGUAUUCGAUGAAUCCCGAUGGUUAUGAAAUAUCUAAGGAAGGUGAUAAGACAAGUGGUUUGGGUCGAGCCAAUGCUAAUAAUGUGGAUUUAAAUCGUAAUUUUCCCGAUCAAUAUGGAACAGAUAAAUUUAAUAAGAUAACUGAACCGGAGGUUUUGGCCGUAAUGAAUUGGACUUUAUCGUUGCCGUUUGUUUUAUCGGCUAAUUUACAUGGUGGCUCCUUGGUGGCCAAUUAUCCUUAUGAUGAUAAUGAAAAUGAUUUUAAUGAUCCCAUGACACGUUUAAGAAUGGCCAAUGUGGGUAGAAAAUUAAAUCCCACCGAUGAUAAUGAACUAUUUCAACAUUUAGCUAAAGUAUAUGCCAAUGCUCAUCCUACCAUGCAUUUGGGUGAUCCUUGUCCAUUAUUUAAAAAUGAAAUAUUUCCCAAUGGCAUAACUAAUGGUGCACAAUGGUAUAGUGUUACGGGUGGCAUGCAAGAUUGGAAUUAUGUUAAAGCGGGAGUAAUGGAAUUAACUUUAGAAUUGGGUUGUGAUAAAUUUCCUAUGGCUUAUGAAUUACCCAAAUACUGGAAGGAUAAUCGAGAACCUUUACUGUUGUUUAUAGAACAGGUACAUAAUGCUAUACAUGGUUUUGUGCGCAGCUCUAUAGGUACUCCUGUAACGGGGGCAGCUAUUACUUUAGAUGGUGCCAAACAUCCCACCUAUUCAGCUACAUAUGGUGAUUAUUGGAAAUUAGCUUUACCCGGCCGUCAUAAUGUAACAAUUUUAGCAGAUGGUUUUACCCCCCAACGUGAAGAGGUGGAGGUAGAUGCUGUCAAACGUUCUAUGCGUUUGGAUAUUACUUUAAUGCGUGAUGAUCCUCAACAUUGGGCUUCUGCUAAUGAUUAUCGUAUUAUAGAGAAUGUUGUUCAUACACGAUAUCAUACUAACUCAGAAUUAAGAUCUACAUUGGCGGAAUUUGAGGCACGUAAUGGUCAGAUUGCUACAUUUGGUUAUGCCGAAUCGGAAUUUGGUUUCUAUUAUAAUUCCAUUAAAUUGACAUCAGAUAUUGGCGCUCCUGAAGAGAGUAAAUAUAAGAUUUUAAUUUUAAGUUCUUUCUUCGAUUCAGCUUCACCUUUAGGUAGAGAAAUCUCUCUUAACUUAGCGCGUCAUAUAAUAGAAGGCUACAAAUUGAGAGAACCUUUAGUAUUGAAAUUAUUGCAAAGUAGCAUCUUAUACUUUUUGCCGGUUACCGAAAAUUUCGAUACAAUAUUCAAAAUCUACAAUAAUAACAAUUCCAUAUGUGAUCCUGUCAUAGGCAAUGAAUUGGGUGAACGUAUUUUAAGUCCUGAAUCGGAAAAGAGAAGAGAUUUAUUAAUACAAUUUUUGGAUAAUCAAAGAUUUGAUUUAAUGUUAACCUUUACAGCAGGAUCAUCGGAAUUAAGCUACCCUAAGGGUGAACAAAUCUUUGAAAAAUUUGCUCAUAAUAUCGAAAGAACCGAAUUUAACUUCUCGCCCUUGCAAUGCAGUUCAACCUCUACACGCACCUUAAGACAUGAUAUAACAGAACGUUUAACUAAUCUUUUUUAUAAAAUGUAUAACAUACCCAUGUUUACAUUGGGUCUCUCCUGCUGCAGUAUGCCCAACCAGAAUGAUAUUGCCUCGAUAUGGCGUAAAAAUAUAGAGAAAUUGAAAAAUUUCUUACAUUUAGUAGAUACAGGAGCUAAAGGUUUUGUACAUAAUCAACAAAAUCAACCCAUAAGAGAAGCUUUUAUACGCAUUAUAGAUCACAAUCCGGUUUAUAAUGUAACACGUAAUGAGGCUCGUUUUCAAUUGAUUCUACCAGAAGGUUUAUAUGCUUUAGAAGUUAGUGCUCCUAACUAUGAGUCUCAUGUGGUUAAGCUACAAAUCAAAGAAGGUAAAAUCUCUGAUUUGGGUAUAAUAAAACUGGCACCUUUUACUCUGGUCACGGGACGCAGUGAGGUCCAAGCUUUGGGUCAUAUAGGCAGUUUAUUACCCGAAAAUACUGCCACUAUUACCGGCUUUGUUCUAGAUUGGUCCAAUCAUCCCAUACAACAUGCCAAAGUUUCCAUAGUUAAACCCAUAAUAAAACAAUACAUACGCAAUUUUACCGAUAGCAUGGGUUUUUAUGUUUUAAAAAAUGCUCCCACCGGCGAAAUAACCCUAAAAGUAGAAGCUCCCCGCUUUUUGGAAACAACACGUUUAGUUAAUGUUGGCAUACAGUCGCGUGAAGUUAAAAAUGUUGUCUUUCGUUUAAAUCGCAACGAACAUGUUAUGGGUAUGCCACGUUUUGUUUUUAUAGUUUUGGCCAGUUUAGCCAUUAUUACCGGAGUAGUAAUGUGUAUUUUAUGUGCUCAAUUUAUUAUGGCAAGACGUCAUCGUGCUGAUAAACCUUAUUAUAAUUUCUCUUUGUUACCUCAAAAAGGUAAAGAGCUAUUUGAGGAUGAUGGUGAUGAUGGUGAAACGGAAUUGUUUAGAUCUCCUAUUAAAAAGGGCAUGACCAUUAAACCCUAUUUCGAUGAAGAUGAUGAAGAUGAUCUUAAACAUAUAAUAAAUUCAGACGAUGAAGGUGAAGAUGGCAUACAAAGACACGAUAUGGAUGAUGAUGAUGAAGAAGAAAAUGAAUAUAAUGACGAUAGCGGUGAAGAAAUCAUAAUGUUAGAUAAAAGACAUUAACAUUAUAAAACACAACAAAAAACUGUGAUCUGCUCAAAUUAUUAACAACUUAAUACUAUUUACAAAAAAAAAAACGAAUAUUUAUUAAUGUUUAACUUUAAAAACAAAAUUUGGCUGAAAUUUUUAAGAAAUAGUAUUGAGUUUUUUGCGUAAUUCGGCCAAGACGAAUAUAUUUCUUAAAAUUGAAACAUUUGAAAUUUAUUUUUUUUCUUUUCAUCAUUCCUUUUUAAAAAGAAAUUUAUUUAAACAUAAACUAUUUAUAUUGCAAUAUUAGUAUGAUAUUUAUAAACUUAA